AUGGCCACUGUUACUAUAGGCAGAGCCUAUUUCGAUGCUCUUCUUCGCAGUUCGUGGGUCGCCAUGGCAAAUGAUCGAUUCUUCGUCAAACUAAUUCACUGCCAGUACACUUCUGGACAGGAGUUCGAGCUUGCGCCUGACCUCCUCAGCAACGUCAUCAUCUCGAAAGUAGAGCAUGAUUACAUGCAACAAUGCAGUCACGAGUAUGCCCUCCUCAAGAGUGCUCUGUUCCGUGGCGGCCUGACGAUGGACACACUGAACACACUCCUCGCUAGUGAAAGCGAGGCCACCGAUCACACUGCACAGUACGGACACGGCUCCUCCGAGAAAAUCUUCUUUAGACCUGAUACAGUACCUAACACGACGCGAAUAUCUUACAACGAUGUCAGCCCUCGCAACAAUGACAGUUCGCACAGCUCAGACGAGACCGAGACUCUCAGUGAUCAUCUCAGCCUACCCCAACCUCGACCUCUGCAACGCACAAAUAGCAUCGACGAGACUGAGUCCUGCAUAGACAACUGCGUGGAAGAAGAGCAGGACCAUCGGCAGGAUUAUGGACACCGCGAGCGCAUUCCUGUGCGUGAUCAACGCACCAUUCUCAUCAGCAAUCUCGCCGAACGUACCACUCAUAAGGACAUAACUGGAAUAAUUCGGGGCGGGCGACUCCUAGAUAUCUUCCUCCGCAACGACCGAUCUGCUACAGUGUCCUUUGUCGAGGGCGCGGCUAAUUUCCUGGCACAUAUCAAGCGCAAUGACAUCUAUCUCCAUGCCAAGCGUCUUGAAUUCCGUUGGGCCGACCGUCAGUUCCACGUUUCGCCUCACGUCUCUUACAAUAUUGCAAAGGGGGUGACGAGGAACCUCGUGGUGCGUGGCGUGGCUGGUAGAGUCACUGAAGAGCAGAUUCGAGAUCAUCUUGACCAUAUCCACAACCUCAUCAUUGUCGACGUCUACUUCCAAAAUGGAAAUGCGCACAUAUCGACAAAUUCGAUCAACAACGCACGAUUUGCGAGGACCUGUAUGAUGUCUCGUGCAGUCUACAAGGGCGUACGGAUCGAAUGGGGCCCAGACGAGUGUGCUGCUCCGCUGCCGCAGCCUGAGUCAAGGACUCGUCCACCAGCCAUGCGUGUACCUUCACUGCCUCUCUCGAUGUCGAACAUCUAUGCACCCCUCGAUACUAGCUCAGAGCUGGACUCAGACUCCCAAACUGAGCCUUACAUUCCUGAUGGUGUGCGUCUCGACCGCAAUGACUGGGCCAACGCUACUCGGAGCUUAUCUUCGGCUGAGGGCUUACCCCAUCUUCAUCUACAUACCCUUGCAAUCCUUCUUACCUCGAAGCAUUUUUCUAAUUGCUGUUUUGAAGCAGGCAGCAGCAAGAUGGCAUCCACAAUUAAAGUUGCGGUGAUCCAGAUGUACCCAAAACCUCUGGACCCAGAGCACAACUUCAACAAAGCGGCAGACUAUGUACGCUCUGCUGCAGCCCAGGGCGCCGAGCUGGCCGUGCUGCCAGAAUACCACCUCACCAACUGGUUGCCGAAAGACCCGGCUUUCGUAGGGCUCUGCGACCAGUGGGAAACGUAUCUGAAGAAGUACCAGGCGCUGGCGAAAGAGUGUGGGAUCUGCAUUGUGCCGGGGACUAUUGUCGAGGGUCAUCGUGGCGAGCAGAAGGAGGAGGAUCGGCUACUGAAUGUGGCGUACUUCAUUGGCGCAGACGGGGAGAUUGUAGGCAAGUACGUGAAGAAGAACCUAUGGGGCCCCGAGCGCAGCCACCUCACCUCCUCGCGCCACGCGCCCCACGAAGUCUUCCCCACGCCCCUCGGCAACGUCGGCCUGCUCAUCUGCUGGGACCUGGCCUUCCCCGAAGCCUUCCGCGAGCUCAUCGCCGCCGGCGCCCAGCUCAUCAUCAUCCCGACCUUCUGGACGCUCAACGACUGCUCGCCCGCGGGGCUCGCGCGCAAUCCCCGCGCCGAGGCGCUGUUCCUUGAGAGCGUGCUUACCGCGCGCGCGUUUGAGAACACGUGUGCAGUUGUUUUUGCGAAUGCGGCGGGGCCCGCACAGGAGGGGUAUGCCGGGUUGAGUCAGGUCACGGUGCCCUUUUUGGGGCCGGUGGGGCGGCUGGGGGAUGCGGAGGAGGGGUUGCUGGUGGUGGAUGUCGAGAUGGGGAUUUUGGAGGAGGCGGAGCGGAAUUAUAGGAUCAGGGAGGAUAUUGGGGGGGAGGGGUGGCAUUACACGUAUCGACAUGACAGUGUGGGUGGUGAGUAA